AUGGCAACACUCAAUAAAUUAAUUCACUUGGACAAUAUAAAUUAUGGUGAUCUCCUACGGAAUAUACUGCGUGCACAACCAGAAAAUGUAGCUGUGGUCAUUUUAAAUGAAAAAGACACUGCACAAGAUGAAUCUCUUUUAGAAAUAACAUCAAAAGAGAACUUCAUUGAGCCUAAAAAUCCUUUAAGAUACAGAGACAGUUCAGAUUCAGACUCCUUCUUCAUAAAAGAACCAACUAUUUAUGGUCCAAACGAUAAAAUACCUAUGGAAAAUGCAAGAAUUAGAUGCCGUCUAUGCCUGCCAAAAGAAUGUCGUAUUGCCUGUCGUAGAAGGUUUUGA